CUCGCUCAGAGGUACGAAUUAAUAUGAUUCAUUGCCUAGACAGUAGACCACAUGCCUUCCAUAAUACUAGGCUUAAGGCUACUAAAGCCGAAUCAUGGGGUCUUAUCGCAGGCUUUGAAGCUGCCCUUUUUGAACUUGUCUAAUACUAGGGCUCUUGCUUCAAAAGCCGCUCCAGUACGUCUGGGGUUCAGUGCAAGAGGAUCAAAUCACAUAGUCAGAUAUCUCAGCAACACUUCCAUAAUACAAAAGGAUGCCAGCACCAAGCCUUCAGAAGAGUUGUUGAAGUCUUUGAAGACCUCGCAGUCGUUAAAGUCUCACCUAGAGCUCACUAAGCUCAAAAAGUUGGAAAUCAAACAAGAAGAAAAGAAGGAGCAGACUGAGAACAAAAGGACGUUCAAGCAGAACUUUGUGACCAUCAUGCGGAUUCUAAGGCUAGGAAAGCCUGACCUCAAGUUAUUCUUAUGUGCUCUUGGAUUUAUCUUAUUUGCUGUUCUCUACCCAACGACGCUGGUCAAGUUGGUGGGUGCUGCCAUAGAUGCCUAUAAUGCAGGGAUGAAAGACGAAGAUGGAGACUUGGUUAUUUGGGGCUACAAGUAUACCACCAUAUUCGGAGUCAUGGUCCCAUUCAUGCUUGCAAGUGCUCUCUGUUUCUGGGCUAGAAUCUGGGUGCUUAAGGUGCUUGGUGAAAGAUUGGUCGCUAGAUUAAGGUUACGGGUAAUGAAGAACAUGUUGAGACAUGAUGCUGCAUUCUAUGACAACGAAAAGCACAAGGUGGGUGAUUUGAUUUCCAGAUUAUCUAGUGAUGCCUAUGUGGUUUCCAGAUCAAUUACCAGCAACUUGCCCGAUGGGCUUAAAAACUUGCUAUUUGGGGUUAUUAGUUCCUACAUGAUGUACUCGAUUAAUCCGUUGUUGUUCUGUGUCAUGUUAUUAAUUUCGCCACCUAUUACUAUUGGUUCGGUUUGGUAUGGUGAGCGUAUCAGAGAACUCUCAACUCGUUUGCAGAACGCAACUGCGGGAUUGACCAAAGUCAGUGAGGAAACACUUAACUCUGUCAAGUUGGUGAAGGCCUUUACUGGAGAGCAAAAGGAGCUCACAAAGUACUCUGAUCAAGUUAGACAAGUUGUGGGAGUUGCUAAAAAAGAAGCAUUAGCCCAAUCAAACUACAGUGUUUCGAUUUACGGUUUAUACCACUCUGGAUAUUUGUCUUGUAUUGCCUUGGGUGUUUACCUUAUCUUGAAUGGCCAAAUGACUACAGGUGAUGUUAUUGCUUUCACCAUGUAUCUGGAGUUUUUCAACAUGGCCCUUUACAGUUUGACUACGACAUACAUGGAAUUAAUGAAGGGAUCGGGUGCUGGUGUGAAAUUGUUUGAUCUUAUCGAUCACGACAAUGAUGUUCCUGCGAUCAAGGGAAGCAAAGUUCCACCUAAUUUGAGCAACGAGAUAGAAUUCAAGAACGUCGUUUUCAGUUACCCUACCAGGCCAAAUGAAAAAGUCUUCAAUGGUGUUACAUUCAAGGUCGAGCCAAAUUCUAGUACCUGCUUUGUUGCACCAUCAGGAUGUGGAAAGUCAACUAUUGCUUCAUUGAUAUUAAGAUCUUACAAUACUAACAGUGGUGAAAUCACUAUAGGUGGAAAAAAUAUCAAUGAUUUCCAAGUACGUGAUUUGAGAAGAAACAUAAUUGGUAUAGUUCAACAAGAACCAGUUUUGCUCUCAGGAAGCAUAUUGGAAAAUAUUGUUUACGGUCUUACUCCACAAGAAAUCAAUAAGCUCAGUAUGGAUGACAUUGAAACGGUAGCUAAACAAGCUAAUUGCCACGAUUUCAUUACCACCUUCCCUGAUGGGUAUGAUACAAUUAUUGGAUCAAGAGGUGCUUCUUUAUCUGGUGGUCAGAAACAAAGAGUUGCAAUUGCUAGGGCAUUGAUCAAGAAACCCUCUAUCUUGAUAUUGGAUGAAGCUACAUCUGCUUUGGAUUCCAAGCUGGAAAGUUUGAUCAAUGAAACCUUGAAGGAGUUGACCUCUCAAGGCAAGUUGACUAUUAUUUCAAUUGCACACAGAUUGUCUACAAUUUCGAAGUCCGAAAACGUAAUUGUCUUGGGCAAGGGAGGAUUUGUAGUUGAACAAGGAAGAUUUGUGGAAUUGUUCAGCAACCCCAAUUCAGAAUUGUCCAAGUUGUUGGACGAAUCUGCAAACCAGAAGGAAGAAGAGAAGUUGUCUGACGCGGAAGUUGAGGAGCAGGAACGUUUGGAUCAUGAAGCUGAAGUUUUGGAGUCGAACCAGCAUCUUAGCAAUUUGGAGACCAUUACUUCAAUGAUAGAUGACUUACCAUUUGAAUUGAGGAAACAACUUCUUGAUCAGCUUUCUUUAAAUAACAGUGAAACAUCCUUGGAUGAGCCAAAGUUGGAACAGAAGGCACAUGCACCACAAUAAUCAUAUGAGCUGGUGGGCUAAUUGCCAUACCAAAAACGCUACCCACCCUAGAAUAUUUAUACUUUACAUAAUAAUAGAACUUUGUAUAUAAUCGUGAUCUACUAUGAAUGGUUUUAACUCGUGUAUUUGCUCUAUACUGACGUAUUUCCUUCUCGCAAAGAGCGGGGAUGCUAUCAUCACUGUGAUUCUUAUGGAUGCUGAUGCACAUCAUUUGAAUGUGUUCAUCAAUUAGUUCAAGGUCUUGGCUUCGGCUUGGACACCGUUUUCGAUCUUGAUGGCCUUGACUUCAGUGAUUCCUCUCUUUUCAGCGGCAGCCUUGAAUUCUGGCUUCAAGGCACUUCUGAGGGUUCUGGCAGAGAUAGACAAUGCUUUGUUCAAGGAAAUUCCAGCUUGUUUGUAGGCAGACAUGAUGUGUUGGAU